CCACACCUCACCUCUACAACGCGUUCACGGCGCCAACCUCAGCCACGAUGAGUGAACCUAAAAAGCUUACGAAGCGCCAAAAGAAGGGCCUCGCCUUCCGGUCCCGCAAAAGCAACCCCGCAGAUGGUGCCGAUCCGGACAGCGCUCUUGGUCUGGAGGACAACGAGGUUCCUGUCCUUGAAGUCCAGGAUCUCAUUGAUGAGGAAGCUGUUCCGGCUGUGGGUGCGGGCGAAACGCGCCGUGGCUCGAAUGUCAAGGGGAAGGCGUCGGCUGGGAAGGAGAAGGGCAAAGGGAAGGGCAAGGAAAAGGAAAAGGCCAACGAGAGCGUGCCGCCGACCUCGAAGAAACGAAAACGGGAUAGCGACGCCGGUGAACUGGGUGCCGAGGUGGAUGAGAAUGAGCCAGCCAAGAGCGGCGAGCCCAAGAAGAAGAAGGCCAAAAAACCUGCUGGAGCGACUGCUGGAGAUGAUGUCCCCGAGAACAGCAAAACGAAACAGAGGUUCAUUCUGUUUGUGGAAGAUCUAGGAAACCUGAAAUACACGACGACCGCAGAAGCUAUCAAAGCUCACUUCGCAAUUUGCGAUCCACCACCAACCGUUCGAUUGCGCACACCCAAACCAUCUGCGUCCGGCAGGCCCAUCGUGAAAUCCAAGGGCUGUGCCUUUGUUGAAUUCUCGCACCGCAAUGCUCUCCAGCAAGGGCUCAAACUGCAUCAAUCUGAACUAGAAGGGCGCAAGAUCAACGUCGAGCUCACUGUUGGCGGCGGCGGGAAGAGCGACUCGAGACUGGGGAAGCUGAAGGAACGAAAUAAAGGGUUGUUCGAGCAGAGGAAAGACCGAGUCGAGAAGCUGGCCAAACAGGAUCCGACGUUAUCUGCUAUCCCAGAUCUACCACAGCGAUUUUCGGCUACGUCAGGUCUUGAGCAGGUUCACUCGAAGCGCAAGACUUGGACGGUUGGUGACGAAGACGACGACGGUCCAACACAUAGAGGAGGGAAGAAACAUGUCAAGAUACGAGGGAAGCCGAAGAAACCCUGGGCCACUGGCACGAACGCCAUUCCGGUCGGAUAGUCCGAGUGAAAACAUAGCUCUUAUUGUCCAUUCAAUUAAGUGUGUGGGUAGUACAGUAAGCCAACCACUCGACGAAUCCAGGGCACCAGGCCUCACGAAACUAGAAUGAAAACCAGGAACUGAGUGUGGGAUGAGCGACAAAUCUCCGCGAUUUCUCCAUUCACUCACGAAGACGAUCAGUACGCCGAAGAUUUUGAGCAUCAGCCAUCGGUUGCUUGAGAUGCUAGCAUAAUACUUGAGCAGCUCUCGUUGUGCCCCGCUAACGUUGGCGGCUAUGUCCAUAGUGUCAGCGUCGAUUCGCUGGACAGUCUCGCGUUGCUCCGCCACCAUCGUCGCUAGCUGUGUGAAUAUCUGGCCAAGCUCGGCGAUGGUUGUCUCAAUGGACUCGAUGGCGGUCGACCGCGUUUGGAUGUAAGAAUCCUGUAGAGACGUUGAGUGAAUCAGAGCAAGGAUACGGAGACGCAGGAUUGUACCUGUUGUUCGACCAGUUGCAUUUGCUGGAAGGCCCCCUGCUGGGAUCCUCUCCCCUCCUCUGCAGAGUCUAGAUCUAAAGCCAGCACGUCUCCAUUCUGUGGCGCUCUGCUCUUGCCCUUGGAAUCGUAGCGACUGGCACUACCAUCCCCCAUGGGGUCCGGGCGUUGUGCGUACAGCAUCGAGCCUUGGAGCGUAUGUUAGCACGUACAGCAUUUUCACCGCCGAAUGGGAACGCACUGGAUGCUUGUGUUGCAGCAUUGGAUGUCGAGUACAUGAACUGUUCUGUACGUGUCCUCGACUCCUUCAUGUUCUACACAAAACAUUACGGACAUUCAAAAGAAGAGUGGGAGGCACACACUUGCGUUCGAAGCUCCAGGACAUCUUUGAAUGUCAUGCUCGUGUUGGCCAGCCUGCUUUGCAGCAACAUCACAACGUUGUUCGUAUGCUCCUCGAUUUGCUUGUCGUCGGCCGACUUCGAUCCGUGCGCAUUGCGCUGCUUCACGUACGAUUGUAACGCCGCUAUUUGCUUGUUGAUACCGGCAAUGUCCUGCUUGAUUAUGAACGUAAGUUCCUGGAUACAUUCGGUCGGAUGGGUAGUCGUCAAAUAUUCGAGAGGGAACGAACGCUAAUCUCGACAGGUCGGUCGUCGAACAGUGUCUUCCGUUUGGCGACUAAAUAUGGGUCAAUUCUGAGAACAAUGGACACAACAAGGGAAUACGACGGACGCUGCGCAAGCUUUCCCAGCUUGGUGGAAGUUUUGUCUAUAUCAUCCCCAAUAGCUGAAGACAUCUGAGAGAACUCGCUCUUCUGCUGAGUCCUGCCAUUCCGCUGUUUGAUGCCCGCCCCAUGUGGUAGUGAAGAUCGAGUGCGAAUGGACUCCACGCAUGAGCGAAAUUCAUUUGUUCUGUCUUGUGUGGGAGCCAUGCGCAGAUUAUUGAAGGAAAUGAAGAAGUGUAGUUGGAGAAGAAUAAAGAGAGGCUAAGUGAGUACUCGGCAAGGGAC